CACAAUCCUGAUCAUUUUCCUUUUCUCCGUCUUUCGUGGUUGUCGGAACAAUUGUGCAUCUUGCGCCAUGCGCUGCUGAUCCUUUUGAUGGGUAAGUGAGGUGGCUUCCCACCCAUUCUCGUCGUGAGGCGUUCUACUCUUGCAUACGCCCAACGCCAGCCUUACGGGACCAAGUCUAGCUCGUGCUGCAACAGGCGCGUCCCAAUUUCCCCGACUCCAGUUGCUUAUCUGCGCCUAGUCGACGAUUGAUAAUAGCAACAUCUUCUGGGUCGCUAAAAGGAUCAACGCCGCAGAAAGUACUGCUGACACCUGGGCUUUCACUACGGGUUUUGAUACCGCCAUCACUUGGCUGUCCAGAUAAUCUCCUGCCAAACGAGCCUGUGUGACUGUCGCAUCAGGGAGUGCCCUAGACUUGGGUCGGGAUACUUUGUCAACACCGAACAAUCAGCUACAGAUCUAUACCAAAGGAUCUGUGUUGCGACUUUUACGAGGAAUUGAACCGAGAUAUCCAAGCAUGUCCUCAUCAAUGUCGUUCAUCGAAACAAUUUUGGACCACAGCUGACCACAGUCCAUUCUACACACCGCAUCACAGCUGAGGUUUCACAAUCGUCAGAAUGGACCACGAACAGUAUGAUCUAGGCUCAAUGCCUUUGCAACACACGUCAAUCCAGGACAAUGUUGAGCUGCUUAGCGGGAAAGGUUCGCCUGGAAUCAGCGUCACCAUUGGUAAGACGCAAUCCGCUCCUUACUAUCGACGCCAUUCACGGGGCCAUUCUGGAGACGAGCGAUUGAAGUCGAUAGACGAGACGGAAAGCAUGCGAGAUGAAUCGUACGACAUGGUAGAACCAGCCACGCCCAUCAAGGCUCAUCGAUUUAGCGCAGGGCAAUCCGCUGCUUCGUCAGUGCUUCGGCGAUUGACCACCAAAAUCAAUCCCAUGUCACGAGGCACAUUCCGAUCUACCAAACGUUCUCAAGGGCGGGAGUAUGCGACGUUGGACGAUGGUGAGGAUGCUCAAGCAGCGAUAGUAGAUCUCUCGUCGUUGGAGGGCAUGGGCUGGGAGCUGACCGACUUAUCAAACCCCGACACCGCGCGACUCCAAGACGAGGAAACCGAGUACGUGAGCGCGUCGAAAAGUAGUGGGAAACCGGAUUUUCGCUCGUUCGUUCAAAAGCGUGCGUCGGUCGGUGACGGAAUGAAAGGCGUGGGCGUGCAACUCAGACGCGAUCCGACGCAGAUAGUGCGAAGAGGAACGGGAGGAAUGCGCAACGCUGACAGCUCGGGCAUCGAUCGGAGUAAGACCGUGCGCGACUUGGGCCAGGACCUUGCACACAGGAAGAACAUGAUCGUCGAGGUCGAAGAAAUGGUUGAUUUGAGUACCCUGGACGGUGGAAACCCGGAGAACCGUCAGAGUCGCACGUUCGAGACCAUGUCCAUGAGGCAAAGCGUCUUGCCUCAGGAGACCAAGAGUUAUUUCUUCCCCGAUGACCCGGACAUCCCCAACUGGAAACCAUGGUCAAUGCGGAGCUGGUACAUUUGGUCCUUGAUAGGCCUUGCGUUGGGGCUAGCGGGGUUUCAGGAAUACUUGUGCCAGAGAUCCUUCAAGUCUGUCCGAGAACAUAGUGGUAUCCUUGCCUUCAAUGCUGUGGCUGAGAUCUCUACUUGGGACUUCUUUGCGUGGAAGUAUCUUCCCACGAUGAUCACCAUUGUCUACGCCGUCCUGUUCUCAAUCAUGGAUUUCGACAUCCGCCGUCUCGAACCAUUCUAUCAGCUAUCCCGACCUCGAGGUGCCCCAGCAGCUGCCUCCCUGAAUCUGGAUCAUCUGACCAUGUUCCAAUAUUUCGUGCCUUUCAAGGCGUUCAGACUCCGGCAAUGGGCUGUGUUCUUCUCAACCACGGGCAACAUAGUGGCCUCGAUGGUCUCACCUGCCCUACAAAACCCCUCCAUCACAUUUGCCACGAAUCAUGAUCCAGGAUGUAAUGAAAACGGGUGUCCUGGUGGCGAGAAGCAUUAUUGGGUACGGAUCUCGCCUGCCUGGUCUCGGGCCUUGUCGGCGAGCUAUGUGUUUGUGGCAAUCGUGCUCAUCAUUCUGUUCAUCCAGUUGCGGCGCAAGUCUGGACUACUCAGCGAUCCGAAAGGCGUCGCUGGAAUUGCCUCCAUGGCCACCAAGUCGCAUAUUCUGCAGGAUUUCGCCGGACUGGACGAAGCCAACUGCGCCAAGAUCCACAAACGAUUGGCGCAUCGACGAUACGUGCUCUAUAAGUCUUCCAUCUGGCAGGGUGAAUGGAGCUCGAAGAGUGAGCCGCCGCAGGACAGCGAGAGAAAGCUCACCAGCCCACAUCCGUUGAUGCUGCAGAUGAGAGCGGGCAUUCCGUUCCUUGCCUUUAUGGUCUUCUGUCUUGUAUCGAUCCCCAUCAUCACGUUGACCAAGGCCAGGGUGGUGCCGAACGCUGCACCGUGGCUUCCGAUUCUCAUCGCCACAGGCUUGAAGUUGUUCUUCAGCACGUUUGAAUCUGAUGUUCGACUCAUGGAACCCUUCUAUCAGCUUUCCCGCGGAAACGCCCGACCUGAAAACAGCCUGACCCUGGAUUACCAAGCGACUGUGUAUGGGAUCAUGCCUUUCAAAGCUCUCUUGAAUCGCCACUAUCUCUUGGCACUGGUGGGAGUGGCCUCGGUGCUUUUGGAUAUUUUGACGGUGACUGUGAGUUCUUUCUCGGUCAAUUCGGAGGACUUUAUGCACGUGGGAAGUCAUGGCGAAGACCGAUCCAACGGCGACGAGACGUUCGUUUCCUUCUGGACCUCGCUCAUUCUCUCCGUGUUUAUCUUGCUUUUUGUUAUUUUCACGACCUCGCUGGUAUAUCUUCGACGGCGACACCCUUUCCUGCCUCGAGAGCCGUCCACGAUUGCGGCGGUGUUGGCCUUCAUCUACGCCAGUAACAUGCUUACGGAUUUCGUGGAUACCGAGAGGCUGAACAACAAGGCGAUGGAAAAGAGGCUGAAAAACAUCAACAAAAGAUAUGGACUGGGAUGGUUUAGAGGAAGAGACGGGCAGAUUCACUGUGCGAUUGACGAGGAACCGAUGAGGAGUAAAUACGUGCAUGGCAAACCAUAUACGAUGGCACAGGCAGGGCCGUUACACGAAACAUAUUAUUCAGUUGCAUAAAAAGGCCGACAAAGUCUGGGAUGAAUGGCGAGGAUUUGGGACUGGGCAGGACAUAGUGGGCGGUGCCAUUGGCGUUGGUAAAGAGCUUGGAUAUGAGAUACGAGGCAACAGGGACAUAUACACCCCGGGCAUCUUACACGAUAUGGACCCAGGACGUCAUCGGGCUGUGAUAUGCUCGAGCUCAAGAUAGUACAAUGAGGAUCUUUGAU